UCAAAAAAUAAUAUUUGCAAGCCAUGUUGAGAAGCAGGAAUAAACUAAUCUCAGCAAGUUUUCUGCUAUGCUUCAUUGCAUCUCUUUCCUUCGGAAAAGAUACACUUUCCAAAGUUGAAUACAUCACACAGAGCCAAACACUAAUCUCAAAAGAUGGAAUCUUUGAAAUGGGAUUCUUCAAACCAUGCUCUCACAACACCUACUUAGGCAUUUGGUACAAAGAUUUCCCAAACAAAACUCUAGUUUGGGUGGCCAACAGAGAGAAGCCAUUGCCCCAAACUUCCAAGAAUUUCAACCUCAAACUAUCUCCAAAUGGCAACUUAGAAUUGCACCAUCACCUUGACGUCUUCUGGUCCACAAGUUUGGUUCCAACUCUAGCACAAACUGUUGAAGCAGUGCUUCUUGAUAAUGGGAAUCUCAUCUUGAGAGAUGCAUCAAAGCCAAGUAGAGUAUUUUGGCAGAGUUUUGAUCAGCCUACUCAUGCUUGGCUAGCUGGAGCUGCAGUUGGCAGGGGGAAGCGCAUCGUCUCUUGGAAAAGCUCUUGUGAUCCUUCCGAGGGGCCCUUUUCCAUGGAGAUGGCUGCUGAAAAUCCUCAUUCUUUCUUGUUGAAGAAGGAGAUGUCAAGUGUGUAUUGGAGCAGUGGGGGUUGGGAUGUGAAUGUGAAUAUGUUUACCUUAGCUCCUCAGCUUAGCUACUUGUACAAUUUCAGUUUCCAUUCAAAUGAGAAUGGGAGUUACAUGAAAUAUGAUGUGCUGAAUCCUCAUGUGUUAUCCAUGGUUGUGUUGGAUACAUCAGGAAAUUUGAUGCAGCUUGUUUCUCUCAGAAGCAAGCGCAAUUGGACCACCGAGUUUGAGCUGCCCAAAGAGGUUUAUGACUUCUGUGCAGAUUGUGGGAAAAAAGGAAAGAAGAAAAUGUUGGAGGUGAUCAUUGCAGUGGUGGUUCCGAUGGUCGUGGUUUUCUCCGGAGGCGCUCUGCGAUGCUUUUACAUGAGGAACAGGAACAAAGAAGGCAAGGAACAUGGAGAUGAUCUUUUGUCAUACGAUUUCGACCUAAAUGUGGAGCACCAGCCAUCCUAUGAUGCAACAAGGGAGAACAACACACAAUUUGAUCUGCACAUGUUUACUUAUUCAAGUGUUUCUGCAGCAACUAACAACUUCUCACCAGAAAAAAAGCUUGGAGAGGGAGGAUUUGGACCAGUUUACAAGGGAAAACUACUGAAUGGAGUAGAAGUGGCCCUAAAGAGGCUCUCAAAGACAUCCGGACAAGGCUUUGAGGAAUUCAGAAAUGAGAUCUUGCUAAUCGCAAAACUCCAGCAUCGAAACCUCGUUCGCCUCUUAGGCUGCUGCAUUGCCCCAGAUGAGAGCAUACUCAUCUAUGAGUACAUGCCUAAUAAGAGCCUCGACUUGUUCCUCUUCGGAUUAAUAAAACUAGAUUGGGAAACACGCGUUGGCAUUAUCGAAGGGAUUGCUCAAGGGUUACUCUAUCUCCAUGAGCACUCAAGGGUUCGUGUCAUCCAUAGAGAUUUGAAGGCGAGUAACAUUCUCCUAGAUGGUGAGAUGGUCCCCAAGAUUGCAGAUUUUGGCCUGGCCCGUAUCUUUGGGGGCAAUGAUUCGCGGACUCAGACGAAUAAGAUUGUUGGAACAUAUGGCUACAUGGCUCCUGAGUACGCGUUGGAAGGCCUAUUCUCCAUAAAGUCUGAUGUGUUCAGCUUCGGAGUGUUGGUUCUUGAGAUUAUAAGUGGCAAGAAGAACACUGGCUUCUACCAAACUCACUCUCUCAAUCUUCUUGGACAUACAUGGGAUCUGUGGACUUCAGGCAGAGGAGUGGAAGUGGUGGAGGGAUCUCCGGAGGCGGCGGUGGCAUUGAGGUAUAUCAAUGUGGGACUGUUGUGUGUGCAAGAAAAUCCUAAUGAUAGGCCAAACAUGUCUAGUGUGGUGUCCAUGCUUAGCAGUGAGAGUGCAGCUCUUCCACCACCUAACAAACCUGCAUUUUCUGCUGUAAAUGCAAAAACUUCCACUACCUCAUUAGAGGUAAAUCACUCUAUUAAUGGAUUAACUGUUUCUACUAUUGAGCCAAGAUGACCAUACAUUCAUCUAUUGUUUACUAAGAUAAUUUGGAACUUUAUUCUUUAGAUAAGAUUUAUAGUGUCA